AUGUCUAUUUCUAAAGACAUGUUCUUGGAAACAUUAUCCUUAAUUGGUGAUUGCAAUGAGGAUGUAGUUGAUGAGUCUAUUGACGUUUCCAAGAAGAAACAAAUGGAGGUCGUUUUACGAUAUGUUGAUGCACGUGGUAAGAGGGCAAGGUUAUAUGAUGGAGCAAGCAAUAUGCGCGGUGAGUUCAAUGGAUUAAAGGCCUUGAUCUUGAAUGAAAAUAGCUCGACAUAUUAUAUCCAUUGUUUUGCUCACCAACUUCAAUUAGUUGUUGUGGCGGUUGCCAAUAAACAUGAUGGAGUUGAGAACUUUUUUAAUAUGUUAGGAAUGGUGAUCAAUGUGGUGAAUGCUUCUUGCAAGCGUAAAGACAUGCUUCGACAAAGUUACAAAGAUAGAGUGCAAGAAGCAAUUGGUAAGUGUGAAAUUGAUACUGGAACAGGAAAAUACCAAGAGCUUUCUCUUAUACGAGCCGAAGAUACAUGGUGCGGUUCUCAUUACAAAACCAUUUUGAGUUUGAUUGUUUUGUUUUCAAAUGUUGUUGAAGUGCUCUGGUAUGAUGAAGAGGACAGGGAUAAUGGUUUUAGUCGCACUCAAGCAACUGCUUUGAGUCCAUGCGAUUCAUUUUCGCAGUUCAAUGUAUCAGAUUUAUUGAAGUUGAGUGAGUUGUAUCCUCAAGAUUUUAGUCAUAUGGAAAGGAUCGCUCUUGAGAAACAACUUAACAUGUACUAUUUGAUUGUGCGUCAAGAUGAAAGAUUUGCCAAUUUAAGUGUUGCUACUGCAACAGUCGAAAGAUGUUUUUCUGCUAUGAAGAUUGUGAAGUCAGAUUUGCGCAACAAAAUCGGUGAUGAAUUUUUGAAUGCUCCAAUGAUAUGUACUAUAGAAAAAGAAGCACUUCUCACAAUUUCAAAUGAUGAUGGGAUUUUUGCUAGUUAUGAUAGAUGGAUAUAUCAUGGUGAGACCUGUGAUGUUUCGGAUGAUGGUGAUGAUGAUAUAUCAUUCAAUGAAAAUGAUGAGGCUAAUGAUGAUAUGAACGGUGAUGACCUUGAUGAGAUGUUAAGUAACAUAGGUCAAGGUACAUGGGGUGAUAGUUGGCAAGCUAGUGGUGGACCUUCUUAA